AUGGAUAAGGUUAUGAAGGAGCUAAAAGAUGACAAGGUCACUGUCAUUGGUGUCUACGGCAUGGGAGGCGUCGGCAAGACAACCAUGGUGAAACAUGUCGCUGCAGAAUCCUGCAAAAAUGGGACUUUUAACCAUGUGAUUAUGGCUGUUGUAUCCCAAAGCCCCAACUUCGAAAGAAUUCAACGCACAUUAUUGGUGGAGCUACUGGCCCCCGGCUUCGAGUUACCAGAAAGUGGAAGAGCCUCUAGAUUGUAUAAAGAGAUAAUGAGGAAAAACAACAUCCUCAUAAUCUUGGACGACAUUUGGGAGUUUAUAGAUUUGUCAACAAUAGGAAUUCCUAGCCCCGACAGGCUCAAAAAACAGAAUUCCAAACUCCUGCUCACCUCUAGGAGAUUGCAUGUUUGUAAUUCCAUGAGCCAAAAAAGCAUUCGUCUCGAUAUAUUAUCAGAACAGGAUUCUUGGAGCUUGUUUGUGAAGAAAACAAAAAGAUCUUUUGAAUUCCCCAACUUUGAUAAUGUAGCGAGGAAGGUAGCAAGAGAAUGUAGGGGUCUACCCAUUGCAUUGAUAGCAGUUGCAAGGGCACUUGGAGAUAAAGAUAUGGAGGAAUGGCAAAAAGCAGCUCAACAAUUAGAGAAGUCGCAAAUUGCCAACCCUGACCAUGAAGAAGAUGCUUUCAAAUGUAUAAAAUUAAGCUAUGAUUACUUGAAAGAUGAGGACUACAAGUCAUGCUUCUUGCUGUGUUGCCUAUUUCCAGAAGACUACGACAUCCCAAUAGAAGACUUGUUCCAGUAUUCAAUUGGGAAAGGAUUGUUUCGAGAUACCGACACAAUGUAUGAAGCCAGAGGAAUCGCACAUUCAGUGAUCAAGCACCUGAAAGAUUCUAGCUUGCUGUUAGAGGGUGAAUUCAGUGGACACAGUGGUGAAUGUGUAAAGAUGCAUGAUGUCGUCCGGGAUACAGCCAUGAGAAUCGCAAAAUGUGAAGAUGGGCAUGGGUUUUUGGUGAAAGCUGGAUGUGGUUUAAAUCAUUGGUCAUGUCGAUCACAUGAAGGCUACUCUGCAAUCUCACUAAUGGAGAAUAAAAUUCGCCGCCUACCCGAAGAGUUGGUAGGUCCAAAACUUCAGAUUUUAUUACUACAAGACAAUACUGAUUUAAAUGAGAUCCCAGAGACCUUUUUCCCAAGUCCCAAUGAAUUAAGGCUCUUGGAUCUUAGCAAAACUAUUAUUUCCUCUCUACCCCAAUCUUUCAGUCUCCUUAUCAACCUCCAAGCUUUGUAUUUAGAUUUUUGCGACGAAUUGAUUGACAUUUCUGUAUUGGGAAAACUGAAGAAGCUUGAAAUUCUUAGUAUGAGGAACUAUCCUGGGGGGGAAUUGUCGAGAGAAAUAGGAAAUUUGACCAAUCUAAGGAUUUUGGAAUUCAGUGGCGCUUGGAUUAGAGCUUUAGUCACAAUUCCAUCUCAAGUGAUAUCAAAGUUGCAUAAAUUAGAAGAAUUAUACAUGAUGUGGUGUGGAUUUAAGGACUGGGGGUGUAAAGUUGAGGGACAAGGAGGAGAAACCAAUAUUGGGUUUGAUGAGUUGGCUGGUUUAUCAAAUUUGAAAGUUUUGCAGGUUUGCAUAUCUGAUGCAAAAUACAUCCCUCAAAAUGUAGAGGCCGAACAGAAUUGGGUUUACUUUAAUAUACGUAUUGGCGGAUGCAUACGAGAUUUAUACAACCGAGAAGAUCAUAAUUCAAGAUCCUUGCGUCUUGAAGGACCAACCAUAAGUACCUUGCCUGAUUGGUUUAUCAACGCGGUGACAAAGAAAACAGAGAAGCUAGAGUAUCAUUGCUGCAAAGGGAUGAGUGACAUUCUUAUGGAAUAUGACCAUGGGAGAGUUGAUGAACACAACAAGACGAGUUCAAAAAGGACCAGUGUUUGGGAAUUUGGAAGAGUUGCAUCUGAUAUCUCUGAUCCACCUUGA